AUGAUAAUCGACAGCUUACCCUCUUUUUUAGUCCCUUUGGUGGGCUUGUUUUUUCCAGCAAUUACAAUACUUUUUCUUUUUUUCUAUACUCAAAAUGACGAAAUUUUAUGA